UCAUAAACCACUUACCCGGCCCGCCCUACACCUUCCACUCGCGUGGCUGCGUCCAGCCUGUUGGUCCCGUCCCAUACGCCCUGACCUGCUCCACCCGGGCUCGGGACCCAGUGGUGCCAUCCCCAACACCGCUGCCAGGCACAAUGGAAGGUCCUCGCUCAGACACGGGCCGCUGGGGUUGGAACCCCUGGCAGCCCCCUACCACCCCGUCGCCGGAACCAGAGCCAGAGCCAGACAGACGCUCGCGUUCCCGCCGAGGAGGAGGCCGCUCCUUCUGGGCUCGCUGCUGUGGCUGCUGCUCCUGCGGGAACAGAGCUGAUGAUGACUGGGGGCCUGAACCUUCUGGCUCCAGAAGCCGAGGGUCCAGCUCCCGGGGCGGCCGGAGACCUGAGUCUCGGGGCAGUGCUGUGAACGCAGCUGGAGAUGGCACCAUCCGAGAGGGAAUGCUGGUUGUGACGGGUGUGGAUCUACUGUGUUCACGCUCGGACCAGAACCGCCGAGAGCACCACACGGAUGAGUUUGAGUAUGAUGAGCUGAUUGUGCGCCGUGGGCAGCCCUUCCACAUGAUCCUCAUCCUGAACCGAGAAUAUGAGUCCUCUGAUCGCAUUGCCCUCGAACUUCUCAUCGGAAACAGUCCUGAGGUGGGCAAGGGUACCCACGUGAUCAUCCCGGUGGGCAGAGGGGGCAGUGAUGGCUGGAAGGCCCAAGUGACCAAGACCAGCGGACACAACGUAAACCUGCGCGUCCAUACCUCCCCUAACGCCAUCAUCGGCAAAUUUCAACUCACUGUCCGCACACGCUCUGAAGCUGGAGAGUUCCAGUUGCCCUUUGACCCCCGCAAUGAGAUCUACAUCCUCUUCAACCCCUGGUGCCCAGAGGACUUGGUGUACGUGGACCAUGAGGACUGGCGGCAAGAAUAUGUGCUUAAUGAGUCUGGAAGAAUCUACUAUGGGACAGAAGCACAGAUUGGCGAACGGACCUGGAAUUAUGGCCAGUUUGAUCACGGGGUGCUGGAUGCCUGUCUGUACAUCUUGGAUCGGAGGGGAAUGCCAUAUGGAGGUCGUGGGGACCCAGUCAGUGUCUGCCGGGUCAUCUCUGCCAUGGUGAACUCCCUGGAUGACAACGGAGUCCUGAUUGGGAACUGGACUGGCGAUUACUCUCGAGGCACCAACCCCUCAGCGUGGGUGGGCAGCGUGGAGAUCCUGCUUAGCUACCUGCGCACCGGCUAUUCUGUCCCCUAUGGCCAGUGCUGGGUCUUUGCUGGUGUUACCACCACAGUGCUGCGGUGCCUGGGCCUUGCGACCCGUACUGUCACCAACUUCAACUCCGCACACGACACAGACACGUCCCUCACCAUGGACAUCUACUUUGAUGAGAACAUGAAGCCUCUUGAGCAUCUGAACCACGAUUCUGUUUGGAACUUCCAUGUGUGGAAUGACUGCUGGAUGAAGAGGCCAGAUCUGCCCUCAGGCUUUGACGGGUGGCAGGUUGUGGAUGCUACACCCCAGGAGACCAGCAGUGGCAUCUUCUGCUGUGGCCCCUGCUCCGUGGAGUCCAUCAAGAACGGCUUAGUCUACAUGAAGUAUGACACGCCCUUCAUUUUCGCCGAGGUUAACAGUGAUAAGGUGUACUGGCAGCGACAGGAUGAUGGCAGCUUCAAGAUUGUGUAUGUGGAGGAAAAAGCCAUUGGCACGCUCAUUGUCACAAAGGCAAUCAGCUCCAAUAUGCGGGAAGACAUCACACACAUCUAUAAGCACCCAGAAGGCUCAGAAGCAGAGCGGAGGGCUGUGGAGAAGGCUGCUGCCCAUGGCAGCAAGCCCAAUGUGUAUGCCACUCGGGACUCUGCUGAGGACGUGGCAAUGCAGGUGGAGGCACAGGACGCUGUGAUGGGACAGGAUCUGGCAGUCUCCGUGAUGCUGACCAAUAAUGGCAGUAGCCGCCGCACCGUAAAGCUGCACCUCUACCUCUCUGUUACCUACUACACUGGUGUCACUGGGCCUACCUUCAAGGAGACCAAGAAGGAAGUGGCACUAGCCCCGGGAGCCUCGGACUCUGUGACCAUGCCUGUGAGCUACAAGGAAUACAGGGCCCACCUCGUGGACCAGGGGGCAAUGUUGCUCAAUGUCUCAGGUCACGUCAAGGAAAGUGGGCAGGUAUUAGCUAAGCAGCACACCUUCCGUUUGCGCACCCCAGACCUCUCUCUUACGUUACUGGGAGCAGCAGUAGUUGGCCAGGAAUGUGAAGUACAGAUUGUGUUCAAGAACCCCCUGCCCACCACCCUCACCAACGUCGUUUUCCGGCUUGAAGGUUCUGGGUUACAGAGACCCAAGGUCCUCAACGUUGGGGAUAUCGGGGGCAAUGAGACAGUCACACUACGCCAGACAUUCGUGCCUGUGCGGCCAGGCCCCCGCCAGCUCAUUGCCAGUCUGGACAGCCCACAGCUCUCCCAAGUGCAUGGUGUCAUCCAAGUGGAUGUGGCCCCAGCCUCUGGAGGCGGUGGUUUCUCAGAUGCUGGAGGUGACAGUCGCCUAGAGGAGAGCAUACCGAUGGCAUCUCGAGGUGGAGCUUAGCCCUGAGCCAGGAACAAUGGAACUGGAAUCAGAUGAACAAGGACAUUACCCCCAACAUGAGGGACCACCACAAAGUAGCUCCCCAGGCUCAGGCAGGAAGGCUGGGGCACCUGGGGAGGCAGUCGACCUUCACUAUCACUAUCAGUGAUGAUAAUAAACUAUUGUUUCUUUUUUUUUUAAUGAAGAUGCUAUUUAGUACACCUGUCAAUCUAGGCCAAGAGGUAUGAAAUCACACUGUAUCAGAGAUUUAUUUGGCAAUUUUUGGGACCCAUGGUUCUGAGAAUUGUGGCUGGGAAGUAACAGUGUCAUCUCAGGCACUCCUGAGAAAGCCUGCUUUGUUUCCUGGCCACCACACCUAGCCCAAACUGUGUUUUGAAAUAUUCUUGAAUAAAUUGGGCCUGAUAGCACAGGCCUGUGAUC